AUGGUCCCUGUGGCGUGGGAAAAAGGAGGGGGAGUGCAGAGGACGUGUUCGGACAGAAGUCCAGAUGAACUCAGAGAAUCCCAUGUCCAGGGGAAGCUGGGCUGCAUUACCCACUACAUCCAGGACUACCGGGACCUCCACACCAUGAAUUGUGAUGGCACCUGCAGUGUCUCUGGGCCUCCGUGCUCAGAAUUCACCUCUAUCAAGGCCCAUAUGGAGGGGCCCAAGCAGGCCCCAUGCCUCAAGGGCUCAUCAGCUGCAAGCGUUCCUCAGCCUGAGGAGGAGAUGGUGCUGCCUGGCUUCCCGGACAUCGACAGCUUCAUGAAGUUUGCUCUCAGGUCAGUGGAGGCAGUCAUUAAGGCAUCUGGGAGCCUGCCACAAUCUGGCCCAGAAUAUGAUUUUUACCAAAGUUUUCCUGGCUUCCAAGCAUUGUGUGAGACUCAAGGAGACAGAAUACGUGAGGGCAUGAGCAGAAUGAUGCAGUACUACGGGUGUCAGAGCUACAUCAAGGACUGCAGGAAAGUGACGGACUUGGAAGACAAAUUUGAUUUAUUGGUUGACGCCAAUGAUGCUAUUCUGGACGGAGUGGACAUUUUACUGGAUGAAGCUUCAGGCAUGAAGAAGCAUCAGCUGCCCGUCCUCCCCAUAGGAUCACAAGCCCGCCAAAUGAUCAUGUCCAGCUGGAACCGGAAGGUAGGAGAAUCAGGCAAAAAAACAAAAUCGGAACCCUUCCGGUUGCUUCACGUGAAGAACAUCAUCCGACCGCAGCUUAAAUUCCGAGAGAAGAUCGACAAUUCCAACACUCCAUUUGUUCCAAAGAUCUUCAUCAAGCCCAACGCCCUGAAACCUCUCCCUCGGGCGCUGUCUAAGGAGAGUCGGGAGCACACCAAGAACCAAUCAGAGGACCCGGAUGUGCCACCGGCCCUGGUCCACUUCCUCCACCAGCAGCGGACCCAGCAGGUAGAGUAGGACGUGUUCGCACACCCCUAUCAGUACGAACUGGAUCACUUUACGCCCCCAGAGUGGGCGCUUCAGAAACCGCAGCCCCAAGCCUACAAGCCCCUGGAGGACACUGCCUGCCACUUGGUGACCUCGCUGGACCAACUCGUGCAACUCAACGCGACGCUCCUGGCCUGUUGGGAAUUUGCGGUGGACUUGGAGCAUCACUUUUACCGGAGCUUCCUGGGCCUGACCUGCCUGAUGCAGAUUUCCACGCGCACCGAAGACUUCAUCAUCGACACGCUGGAGCUGCGCAGUGACAUGUACCUCCUCAACGAGAGCUUCACAGACCCUGCCAUCGUGAAGGUCUUCCACGGCGCUAACUCAGACAUAGAAUGGCUGCAGAAGGACUUCGGGCUGUACGUGGUGAACAUGUUCGACACGCAGCAGGCAGCGCGCCUUCUUCAGCUGGGCCGGCACUCCCUGGACCACUUGCUGAAACGCUACUGCAACGUGCAGGCGAACAAGCAGUAUCAGCUGGCCGACUGGAGGAUGCGCCCUUUGCCGGAGGAAAUGCUCCACUAUGCCCGCGAGGACACCCACUACCUGCUCUACAUCUACGACUGCAUGAGGCUGGAGCUGUGGGCUGCUGCCAGCGAGCAGCCCACGAAGGCCCGGGUGGUGUGGCAGCGCAGUAGGGACAUCUGCCUCCGGAAGUUCGCCAAACCGCUCUUCACGGAUGAGUCCUACCUGAAGCUGUAUGAGAAGCUGAAGACGCCUCUUAACGCACAGCAGCUGACAGCCUUCCGGCUGCUGUUCGCCUGGAGGGAUCACCUGGCAAGGAGGGAGGAUGAGAGUUGCUGCUAUGUCUUGCCCAACCGCAUGAUGCUGAAGAUCUCAGAAGAGCUGCCCGAGGAGCCCCAGGGCAUCAUUGCCUGCUGCACCCCCGUCCCGCCUCUGGUAUGGCAACAACUUCAUGAGCUGCAUCUUCUCAUCCAGAAGGCGCGAGGAACCCCUCUGUGCCAGUCGGAAGUUUCCACCGGAGUGAGGAGAGCACUGCUGCCCCAUCCCGAGAGGCUGGAAAAUGUUCUCGUUGGACCUCACGACCGCUCCCACGCUUGGUCUGGUGACUACCCUGCCGUCCCCACCAAUAGGCCUGUCCCGGACCAGACGCAGGCCGGCCUCUUCCCAGCCCAGCACGAAGAGAAGACCCUGGUGGCCACCAGCCGCUUCGUUGCCACGGCCGCGGACACCUUGUUUAAUGAGGCAAGUGCAGAGCAAAAGGACAAAACCCAGAAGAAAGUCCAGCCAGUGAUGCAGUACUUGGAGAACCCAUUCGGGAUGCUUCCGCAGAUGCUCCAACACCACGCCCACGCCCAGGCAGCCAAGGCCGACCCUUCCUCCAGCAUCAAUGAAAUCAGCGAGCGCUGGGAGCUGGCCAGCCAGGCGCAGGGACAGAAGGACUCUAAGGACACCGCCAGGAAGAGGGCAGCCCAGGCGACAGCCGCCCAAGACGAGGCCAAGGAAGGGUCGCAGACCCCUGCCCAGCCGGCUCUGUCGCUCAGCCAGCAGAUCGCCCUGGAAAACGCUGCCAAGAAGAGAGAGCGAACAAGUGACCCCAGAGCCCCUGAACAGAGACAAGAGAAGAAAUGGUCCAAACUGGCUGAGAAGCCCCAGGAACCCAGGGAGGCGCGGGAGAAAGCUUCUACUUCCUUUGACUACCGCAAGCCAAACGUCCAGGCGUUUGCUGGAAACAGCAAGUCCCAAGCGGCCUCCCAGUUUGACCCCGGAAAGCAGAUCGUAGCUGGCAAGAAAUUCAUCGCAGCCAAAGAACUCAAACAGACCGCGGGAAACAAAAGCAUGUCCUUCCUUCCCCGGGAGUUGAACAGAGGGUUCAGAUGCAACUGGCCCAGGAGACCGCAUCCGCCAGAUUUCCGGGGUCUUCCCAGGACCGGGAGGCAACGGCCUUGGGAUGGUUUUGUAUACCAUCCCAAUUUUAACACUGUUAGAAAUAAUUGUUACUGGGAAAAAGAAUAA